AUGCCGCACGAGCGCAGGCGAAGCGUGCAACCUGGCCCUCCUCCGUACUCAAGCCACCUGCUACCUCGAGCCCCUUCUCGAAGCAAGGAAGGACGAGGAGAUGGCAGGAGAGAUAAGGGGGAAGAAGAGGAAGGGACCUCACACAUGCUUGGGAUGAGCAGUGAGUCAAAGGCUCCAGACGAAAUGCAUGAAUUCAUCAGACACUACUCUUCUGGAAGAAAGGCCCCUUGUCAAAAGCUUCUGCGAUUCGGCUUUCUCGCCAGUUGGGUGGCCUAUCUUUGGCACCUUCGCCUUGACAGUAGGAAAGACCAUAAUACGAGACCCUCCGGUCAGCGUGAGUCACUCAUGGAGACCAGCCGUGAACUUCACGAAGGACACGCGCGCGAGGCGUGCGGGGAGGCGCAAAAGGAAGGAGAUAAAUCUCGAAGUUAUGGACCCGCCAAGGCGCAGACGGCGGUGGUGACGAUGGCGGCGAAGGAUGUUCGCCUCCCCUCCACCGAGCACGCCGCCGCCGCCGUCGCCGCCGCCGCCGCCGCCGCCGUAGGGCCUGCCGAGCACCCCGCCUCCUCCCCGCUGCUCCCGCCGCCCGAAGGCUCAAAAGGCAGCGGCGCGGCGGGCGCGCCUUCACAGAGACUGCAACCGGCGAACAGGCAGCGAACCCUCCGUCUCCGCCUCGCAGCCAUGGCCGCCGCCACCCUCUCGCCCCGAAGUUUCCUGGCGCCAGCGCCGGCGUCGGCGCCCGCGCUUCUCGCCGUCCUGCUGCUGUCGGCCGCUGCCUUCGUCUCCGGGCAACGCAUCACCACCAUCCAGCUGGACGGCACGCAGUACUUCGUGAGCCGCAUGAACCCCUACUCCCCCGAACUCAACUACUUCCUAGCCUACCAGUACUGCCGCUCGUUGGGCCUGCAGCUCGCGUCGUUCGAGUCCCGCGAGAAGGCAGACUCGCUCAUGCAGUACCUUCGCAACGCAGGGUACAACAAGUUCGACUACUGGACGUCGGGCAACCGGCUGGGCACCGACAUGCUGCUGUGGAUGAGUACGGGCUCCCCGUUCAACACCACCUUCGACUACAUGCGACGGCUGCCGACGGACGCGGUGGAGGACGAGGCGGAGGGCGGCGCCCCGCUCCCGGGCAACGCCGUCCCCGCCCCUCUGCCCGCCUCCGCCCCCGCCGCCGGCAUCCCCGCCACGCGCGCCGGCCUGGGCCGCGCGCGCAGCCGCCGCCCCGGCCGCCAGAGCACGGAGGAGGUGGCGGUGGGCUGCAUAGCCCUCAAGUCUCCAUCUCUGGACUGGGACACUGACGAUUGCCUGCAGCUGAAGGACUUCAUCUGCGAGCAGACGCGCUGCUACUACUACAACUACGGCUCCAUCCCUGUCUCCACGUCCCAGGGGGACAAGCGAACCCGGCCGACGUACGCUCCCCCGCACACCUCCACCUCCACGCAACCGCCCCUGUACGUGGGGGCCUCCGCCGCCGACAGCGACAGCAACGCCACCGCCUCGCAGCCGCAGCCCGAGGAGACCGUCAACCGGCGCAUCACCAUGCGGCCGCCCGCGCCCUCCGCCCCCGGCCAGCCCGACCCCGCCCCCUCCGCCACCGACUCCCCGACCGCCGCCGAGGGGGAGGAGCCCCAGGACGACAGCAUCAACUUCGCGUCGCGCAGCUUCCCCGAGAAGGACGCGGUGGCCAACGUGGUGUACGUGACGGCGGUGGGCGCCGACGCCCUCAACGCGUCGGGCCAGUACGUGGCGGCGGAGAGCGCGGGGGCGGCGACGACGGGGGCGACGGCGACGGCCGCCGAGGGCGCCGUGGCCCCCACCACCGCCGCCGUCGACGAGGCGCCCCCCGCGGCCGAGGAGGCGACGCCAGCGCUACUGGCGGCGGCGGCGGCGCCCGCGCCCGAGCGGCCCGUCACCUUCAGCCGCGGCCGCGUCGACCCCAUCAACUUCGACACCGCCUACCCCGACUAC